AUGUUCAGUCAACCGCGUGUCUCGUUUGCGAAAGCGACACUGCCAUAUCCCCUGUUUGCAGCCGACUUCGAUCCAUAUAAUCGUGGCUACCUUGUAGUCGGUGGUGGAGGUGGAGAGAGCAAGACUGGUGUGCCCAACAGACUGACUGUCCUCGAUAUAUCGAAUCGUGCUUCAAUCGAGACCGCGGCCGAGAUAGACCUCUCCCGCGAUGAAGACUCGGUGCAGUCUUUGGGUAAUCUUGCUACCAAGGAAGGUCUGAUCACGUUUGCUGGUGUCAACUCGUCACGGGACGCGCAAGCUGCAGGCAAGAACGAGCAUUUGAGAUCAUUCGAGAUCUCGUAUCCUCCUCGCAAGAAGCAGAAAACCGAGAAGGAAGGAGAGGUAGCCACUGGCACAGUCAAGCCGCUAGGACAGCGCUCCCUCUUCAGGCCUGCCAAGGACAAGAGUGAGACAUAUCAGCGCGUCUUGCGCCUAUCCCCUGCGCAGAAGCGGGACAAUGGCAGUAAGCGGAUUGGUGCUGUCGCAACGGGCAUGGCAAGGGAUAGCGAGGUAGUGGUGUUCAGCGCUACGAGUGCUACACCUAGUGACGCCGACGUGAUCGCUCGAAUCGACUUGCCUGAAGGCGACGAAGCCGCCGAUAUCGACAUUACCGAGCCAGAGCAGUCUGAGUUCAGUCUGGUAUACUGCACGGACUACGAUGUUUACGAGCAGACCUAUAAGUAUGAUUUUGGUUCGAAGAAAACAGAGAAGACGCCGAAGGGACCUCGUCGUAUUCAUCAGAUGCCGCAGCCAGAUACAGAUGCCAAUAUCAAGGCAAGACCAAAGUUCCGCUCGGUGCGAUUCUUGAACUCCCAGAAUAUCGUGGCGCUGGUCAACAAAUACAACAAGAGCGGUGCCGAGCUCCGUGUCUACCAUCUGUAUCCUACCGGCCCAGCUACAGCACUUCUCCAGAAGAGCUUGCCAUCACACAUCAAGUCUGCUGUCAGCAUGGACAUCUGCGCCCUGGACGUAGAUAAGAAUGGCGAUCAGCAAGUCAUUGUGGCUGUGGCUGGCCAGGACAUCAGCAUCGAAGUCUACACCACGAACUACCAGCGUGCCACGGACACCUUCUCACCAUUCAAGAGCUACAUGACUCUGCGAGAUGUGCAUGAACACCAGAUCACCAAGAUCUGCCUCUCGCCAUUCUACUCACCGACACGAGCUGCAGACGCAGUAGAUGGUGCAGAUAUCAAGCAGAAAGCGAGCCAUCCCGGACCUCAAUACGUCCGCCUCGCCUCGAUCUCUUUCGGCAAUACAGUCGUCGUGGACACCCUCCCACUCGCGCCUUUCAAGCCCAAAGACAAGCACAGCCGAUACGUCCUCAGCCAUCCUCGGGACGAACGAUUCUGGACAAUUGCAUACAUCGCUAUUGCCACGAUCAUGGUUCUCGUCACAGCUUUUCUGCUGCAGUCUUUCACCUCCGGCUUCUCGGGCUCCUCAUCGGGACCAUUCAGCCUUCUACCACAGAAUGUGAAAAAUUACCUCGACCAGCCAGUCGCAGCUGUUCGAGCCGUUGGCCAUGGUGUGGAGUCUACAGUCUCCUCGGCAAUCGAGCACAAUAUUCCCACUGCUGUACCAGGCGCAGGACGACUGCGCGACCUUAUCGCCACGCACCUUUCGCACUCAGAAUCGCGCUCGAAAGCGCUAGUUGUACGCGACGCGGGCGAUAGUACCGACCUGUCUGUUGACGUUCAUCCCGAUCGUGAGGAGUAUCUUAAGGCGGAUGCUAAGGCUAAGCAUUGGGAGGAGCUUAGUGCUGAGCAGCAGGCGAGCUGGAAGCAGCGACUUGUGCGUGCUGGAAGAUGGGCGGAGGGCGAGGGUGAGAAGGUUCUUCUAGGUGUGCUCUUCAGUGAGUACGCUGGCUUGGUUGGCGAAGCUGCUGGGCGUGCGAUGGCUGGCUGA